CUUUACUGAACAAGGUAAAAUGAGGUUAUAUUAGUUCUUCUAUAUGAAUAUAUCAGAUAUUUUAAAAAUACAAAUAUAAUUGUAUUGAUUUAAUAUUUUUAUGAAAAGAAUUUACACGUAUAAAGAAGCAUAUGUUUUUCAUACAUAUAACAUAUUAAAAUCUAUUUUCAUUAUCAAGGUGUCUUUGAAUCAACAUGUUACUGCACAGUGUUGCAUUGAGUAUUGGGUCAAGAAGCAUUAGCACUUCUGCUACCUCCAAUCAAAUUAUUAAAUUAACUCGAUUAAGAGUUGUUGAUAACAGUGAAAUAGGAAAACAAGCUAUGUUAGAAGGAAAACCACCACGUUGUAUUCAUAUUUAUAAUAAAGUAGGAGUUGGGUAUAUUGGUGACAAAGUAUUAGUCGCUAUAAAAGGUGAAAAGAAGAAAGGCAUAUUAGUUGGCUUAAAGCAAAAUCAAAAUCCAAAAAUACCUAAAUUUGAUUCUAAUAAUAUAGUUCUCAUAGAUGACAAUGGAACACCUUUAGGUACACGAAUACAUGUACCAAUACCCCAUAUAUUAAGAACAUUAUUGAAAGAGAAAACUCAUGGCAAAGGAGCAGAUUAUACAAAGUUGCUCGCUAUCGCCUCAAGAUUUGUAUAAAAUAUGUUGAGUGUAUAUAUUUCUCUGUACAAAGUUUACAUAAAAUAAGAUAUAAUAAAUAUCAUAUAUGCAAA